UAUUUAAUUUUUUAUUCAAAAAUAUUAACCUAACAAUAAGUUAACCUAUAUAAAAACGAAUAUAUAUAAGUACUUUUAGCUCUCUAUUAUUUACAAGACAACAAAUGACAAACAUGGCGACUUGGAUUCCUAAAGUCAUACGUACGAUAAGGAAUCAAAAUGUAUAUUCUGCCAGUUAUACAAUACAAAAUAAUUAUUCAUCAGAACCAAGAAUUAUUAAAAAUCCUACUACAGCCAGCUUAAAAAGAGGUACUGGUGGUCGUAGUUCAUUUAAUGGCAUAGUUUGCACAGUAUUUGGGUGUAGUGGUUUUAUUGGAUCUUCAUUAUGUAUUAGAUUGGGAAAGAUUGGAACCCAGCUUAUUCUUCCACACAGAUGUGAUCAUUAUCAUAUUCGAGAAUUAAAAGUGGGUGGAGAUCUUGGACAAGUUCUUUACCAUCCAUUUGAUCUUAGAGAUGAAGAAUCCAUAAUCAGAACUAUAAAAUAUUCUAAUGUUGUUAUUAACUUAAUUGGUUCAAAUUAUGAGACAAGAAACUUUAGUUUUGAGGAUGUACAUGUAGAAGGAGCAAGAACAUUAGCCAAACUUGCUAAGCAAUGUAAUGUGGAACGUUUCAUUCAUAUGUCAUGUUUGAAUGUGGAAGAAAAACCUACACCAAUCAUAUUGAAAGAAAGUUCAAAGAUAUUAAAAACAAAAUGGAAAGGGGAACUUGCUGUGAAAGAGGAAUUUCCAGAAGCUACUAUAAUUCGACCAUCAGUUAUAUAUGGACACAAGGAUAAAUUUAUAAAUCAUUAUAUGGAUCAGAAUAGACUAAACUCAAAUAGAUUACCUCUAUGGGAUAAAGGGGAAAAAACUGAGAAACAACCAGUGUCUAUUCAUGAUGUAAUUUCAGGUAUUGUAGCGAUCGUAAGAAAUUCUGAUACUGUCGGAAAAACUUACCAAUUUGUUGGACCAAAACGGUAUAAAUUAAACGAGUUAGUUAAAUGGAUGUUUGAUAUAAAAUUGAAAUAUUUCAAAAACAACAUAAAGAUAGUUGACAUGAAAUAUGAUCCAUAUGCUUGGUUAAAAACUUCUCUUAGAGAAUAUAUAUAUGCAGUACAUCCUACAACAGACAUGUUAUGGGAAGUCUUAGAAUGUCAUCACAUCAGUGAUAAGAUAGAUUCUGCUUUACCAACUUUGGAAGAUUUAGGAAUAACACCAAUUGAUUUACAAACUCGAAUAGAAUGGGAAAUUACUCCAUAUAUAGAAAACAAGAUGGAAAUAGAAGAUUUACAAAGAAUAAUCCCACCUACUGUAAAGUCUAUACCAAAAUAAAGUGCUUACAUUUAUAGUUUAUAAAUUAAUUUUGUGAUUUAAAUAAAAAGCGAACAUAAAAAUAUUA